GGGCCCAUCCGUCAGGGACGAAGUCGAGACUCGAUCUUCACCCGAGCAUCUCCGUUUCUCCCCCCUGAUGAUCUCCGUUUCUCCCCCCGGUCGUCCCUUCCCUUCCCGGCGGCGGGGCGACGGCGGGGCCAUUCGCUACGUCCUCGCCGGACCUUUUGCCUGCGACGAGCGCGCACCAGGAUCUGACCCAGCGUGCAUCCAUGUCAUAUGCUGGGUCCGCCCCUCGUUUCAAUGGCGCCCGCUCCCGCUCCAGCCUGGAUGCUGAGGACGGGGGCGCCGGCGGCGGUGCCAAGAACCAGAGUAGCAUGGUAGUGGUGAAAACCGGGGCCGUCGGCACGAACGGUGGCCCUCUGGUGGCGGCUCCUGACCUUGCGGAAGAUCAGGGUGGUGACACCAUUGAAUGCUCGAGCUCGUUUUGGGACACUAGCUCCGGAUCCGAUGGUGAGGCCGACGGGGGUGAUCUAGAGGUCAAUUCUGUCAUUUCAGCCCGUGCCAAUGGUGCUUGGUCCUCAAAGCUGGCAAGAAGGAAAAAGGUGACAUCUGAGUGGAGGAAUUUUGUUCGUCCAGUUCUGUGGAGAUGCCAGUGGUUAGAGUUGCGUAUGAAGGUGCUGUCAUCUCAAGUAUCAAAGUAUGACAGGGAGCUUGCUCUAAUCAUGAAAGAAAAGGAACUACGACAGGCAUUAAGCAAGGCAAAUGGUUCUAUGUCAGAACCAUUGCAGAUUCACAAAGGCCAUGGGAACAGUAUCAUGAAAAGGAGAAAGAGGAAGAGACAUGAACAAAAUGUGGAUGCAUCCUUGUACAUCAACAAGCACAAGAUAUUGUCAUACUACCAUGAUAAAAAAAUAAGGGAGCUGAAACUUGUGGUCUCUUAAUUGAUGAUGAUUGUGGCGAUAUACGUAUGUAUGAAUGUGCCUAUCUGGUCAAACUUUUCAGUGAAGUUAAAAUGGAAAAUAUGGUAUGAUGCAAAGUUACAUUAGUCCAAGUUAGCUUCAGACCUGGUUGUGAGAAUUUGUUAGGAAUAUUUUCCUUUUUAGAAAAUUGAAAAAAUAUCCGGCCUCUGUGACUGCACACAGCCAAAUUCUUACAAUGAUUUCAGCUCAAAGAAGGAAUAUGUUUGUGUUUUAGUAAAGGCAUAUGUUUGUGUUUUAAUCGAAGGUAAAUGAUUAUGCCACUUGGGGUUUAGUUAGAUUGGCCAUGCAGAAAAUGCAAUUAAUCUAUAUUCUCUGCCUUAGUAAUGUUCAUGCAAGUGUUAACAAUGUGUUGUAUUUGGUUCAUUCUGAAUGCAGAUGAUGGCAGUAUCCGAGGUGGACUUGACACUGUUACAUUGCUCGAUUCCGAGAAUUAUGAUAUCAUUUUUGAGCAACUCAAUUUAAAGGACGCUCUCAUGACAAUUGAUGGGACUCCAGUCUAGAGUUAAUCUGCUGCAAGAUCUUCUCAGCAAGGCUCAUUCUGGAGGAGAAAGCUUGGCACUUUCUGAGGACAAUUCUCAUGUCAGGGUGCCUCGGAAGAGGCAACAUACUCAAAAGGGCUCAUUCUCUUUUACCAAGUGUCAAUAUACUAAACCACAGAAAAGGAAGAAUCUAAACACUUUGCUGAAGGAUGAUGAUGGACCAGCUCUUGCAGGCAGACCUGCUUUGCUUGACAGGGAAAUUGAUGCUCAUAUAAAAGAUGCAAAUAGGAAUACUGAAGAAAGAAGUGGAGACUCGAGGGAGAAAGCAGUCACAGUGGACCUACUCUUGUUUACUGACAAUUAUUACAUACCAAAUGGUCUUUACAAAGAAGAAAAAAAAUGGUGUUUGCUUCUUGUGCAAUAUAUGUCACUGGCAUUUAGUUGAUUGUACUACUGUUUAUUUUUCACAGAACAUUGACGAUAUCCUCAUAGACAAUCAAGCAGCCAAUGAAGCCAUUCAGCAGUUUGGUAUGGCCAACCAUCUGCCUUCUGGAACUUUGUCCAAAGGCCAGAACAUUUCUGGUCUUGCAGAAAUUAAUAACAUUUGUGCUCCAGCGGCUCCAGUGGUGGAGCCUGUCUCCCGUCAGAGCAAACAGGGGCUGAAACCUACGAAGAGGAGGAAGAAAGGCUCUGUUUUUACCAAGAAGCAGAGGAAAGAGGCCUCCAAAACACCUGCAGCAGAGGAGAAAGAGGGCACGCCCUCAGAUGCAAAUAAGAAGACUGGGGGCACACCCUCUGCUGCGGCAAUGGAGAAAACUGAGAGCACACCAUCUGGUGUAACAGGGUGGGGAACCAUGAUCGCUCGCUCGGCUGGGGAGAAGCGCAAAACUGGAAAUGAACCUGAAGACACGAAGAAGUGUGAAUCUGGGAGCAAAUCUGCAGCAUCGAAGGAGGAGGAAACUGAGAAGCCAUCCUCAGCAGCAAUGAAGCAGAAAACUGAAAACCCAUCCUCAGCAGCAAAUAAGCGGAAAACCAAAAACCUUUCCUCAGUUACAAAGGAGGAGACUGAAAACUCACCCUUGGCAACAAAGGAGACUGAAAGCGCCCCCUUGAAUCUGAAGAUUGAGAAGGCUGUGCUGGUGGCUGUAAAUAGCAGGAGGAGCCAAAGGGUCCGAAAGCCCAAUUUUUUGCUGGAUGAGCAGAGACCUCUUAGGGUCUGUGAUUAGUAGGUAUAUCCUGUCGUCUGGUCACCAAAGUUGGUGGCCAUAUCAACAUGGAUCGCCAUGUAACUUUGUACAUAUCAGCUUUUGUCUAGUAAACAAAUCUCACCCAAAAUUGUUGGUUGAUUUUUCUUAAUUCUUCUUUUCUGGGUACCAAACUAACAUUGUCAUGUUGCGUCACCUAGAUCCAAAAUGAAAAAAAAACAGUGAAAUCAUGCCAUGUAAUGCAACUUGGUUUGCUGA